AAUUGGAGAACGAGAUUUUGGCCUGCUUUCGAAGGAAUUGGAACCACUGUGCUGCACGGUCGCCGUGGAAGCACCGGGAGGUAGAUGAGUAGGGAUAGAGCGAACGCGAAGAGUGGGAAAUAAUUCGGGCGUCGAGACGACCGUGGGAGUCACGUCGCUACUUCCGAGGAAACAGCAUCCCGGGGGAUAACAUCUCGUAACGAUCGUUUUUAGAUAACAGGGAGAGGCAGCCGAAUCUCGAGAUGUCGAGGCCAAUCCUUAGCAGGCCGCGCACGUUCAUCUACGGCAGCAACUACGACAAGGGCGAGUCCUAUUACAAGCCCAUGGUCGACCACCUAGACCGGAAGUACAGUGGGCGGCCGUUGUUCCCGGAACCGAGAAACUCACUAGCCGACGAGAUCGCGGCGCGCCGUAGCGACAGCGGCACGCGCGACCUCUCCGGUCCCCGCACUGGCUCCCUCGGUCGUGACCUUGACCUCGACCUCGACCCUCGUAUCCGCGCCUCCCAACCACCGCCCUUCACCGACCCUCAGCUAGCUUUCGACGACGAGGACACCGUCUACGACAGCCGUGGGCAACGUAUACCGGCGCGUCGCAGGCUGGGCGACGAGUUUGCGGACGAAGUAUCAGCGACGACACGCCGUUUUCGCGCUCGGGUGGCGGCGAUGGGUCUCGAGGACGAGUUUGAAACCGCGAACGUCGCGGGCCAGUCCAGAAGGAACGCCGAUCUCUUGGAGAACGCGGUGACCGCCAGGAAGAGCGCCAGAACGGCGAUCGAAGAUGUCGACAGCAGCUUCAAGAGGCGCUCGAGAGUCUUCGACGAGAUGGAGCGCGCUGACGACUUAGCGCAGAACAAGCAGCCGGCGUUCGCCAGGUGGUCCAAACUUCUCAACGAGGACGACGACUUAGCGCAGACCAGCGCUGCCGCCAGCCGGGCACUGCAGUCGAAAGCGCGCCUCCAGGACCUCGAGUCGGAGAUGGAGGAGCUUGCCGAGAAACAGGCCAAAAGGGAACGUAGGGCAGCAGCCCUCAGAGCUCUGGUCAACGAGACUGCCGCCGCGUCCGAUGCCGACGUCGUUCAAUUACAGUCUGCUAUCAGCAAGAAAGUGCGCAUCGCCGAACGCGCGGAGAAGCACGUCAGCUUCUAGAGAAUCUUACGAUCCAAUACUUUAAUUCUCACAACGGUGUCUUACAGCCGUUAAACAUACUGAACACUUCGAGAAAGAUUCAAUUUUAAUUCGACAUAUUUUUAUUUUUAAUUAGAAAGAUCGUGAAUCUUUGUAAUUCACAGCAGGAGAAACUUCUAGUAAUUAAAUGUGUCGCUUUUGUCUUAAAAAGUAUUAUUAAGACAUUUAAGUUGUUUAUUUUAUAUACCGCUUAAAUUCUGUCAUUUCUUUGAAAUAAUUAAGUCAAACAAAAUCGCUACAUUAACCAGCUCAUUAUAAGGGCAAUAUAAUUAUAAAUUAAAUCCUUUUAAUAUUUCUAGUAAAUUAUUUGAUUAUCAGAAAAAGUCAAUAUUAUAAUAAUUCUUAUUUAAUUUUUACUUUUGGCUAUCCGUUUUUCUUGAUUACACUGUAAUAUAGUGAUUGUAAAUCGCUGUAAGGCACUAUUGUAUUUGAAUAAGAAUUUAGAAUAUUUUCGAUGUAUACGCCGUUACUCGGCAAUCGCCAUUUUUACGGCGGUCGCAUAAUUCUAUUGAUAUUAUAUCGUCGUUGAUCUGUUCGCGAGACGAAUGCACGACGAUUCUAUUGACUUUUAUAGUGCGUUGUGGACAAUGAAUUACCGGUAAAUUUUAUUAAUAACAAAUUGUUAAUAAAUUUUACCGAUAAUAUUCAAUAUCGACGCUUACGCUCACGAUGUUAAUACCUAUUCGCGUACAUUUGUUGCGCGUAAUCCUGUUAUUAUAAAUGUAUUAAUAUGUUAAUGCGAGACGUUUUUCUCGAAAAUACGUUUAAUCCCUAAUUUUUAGCAUGAAAACUAUAACAGGUACAAUAAUACGAUCUAAAUUCGACAUGAGUUUUGUCAAUUGCGAAUUAGAUUAGGUGAGAUUUCUGUUUUACACAAGCUGAUUCCGAUUAAAAGUCAAUUUUAGAAAUUCUAUUUAUAUUUAGAUUAUUUUCUAGUAAAUUGAUGUCCUAAAAUUUGCUAAAUCGUUUAAUUAACAACCCAGCCAGUAAAAUGUUGGCAGAUUGGCAUCAGAUUCUUCAGAAACCCACACCAAAACCACAGCCAUCUGUGUCCACAUUUGGCUUUUUGUUUUGGGACAGAGUCUGUAAAACGUACGCUGUCAACUGAUUGUCGGCAGAAACCGAACAAGUCGAGUUAUGUGAGCAGAUUUUGUUGUAUUUCUGCUGACACGAUGGCAACAUAUUGACUAUAUCAGUUCCUGUAUGCACUCUGCAGUCUUUCUGCCUUCAAAAUAAAUAGUGGGCAUUUGACGAAAUCUGUUCUAACAGAUUUGGCUACCUGGGAAUGUAAAGUCUGUGUUGCUCAAGAUAUAACGUAUUUUCAGAUAAUAUUUCUCGCAUAAUUUCUCGCUUCUCAGCUCCUCAAGUGCGAGCCGAGAGAGCUUAAAUGUUAAUUGUUCCUAACAAAUAUGUUACGUUUUAAUAUUUAAAUCAUUCUCGUGCAAAACUUGUUACCACGCGACAAUAUAGAGAGAUGCAAUGCCGCAUUUUGUCAAAUUCAUCUCGAAACGUUUCAGCCCCUUUUAGAAAAUUAUUCUUUGUCAUUCAGAAAAAUUGAGAAACUUUAUAACGCAGACUCUUAAACACACGGCGAAACUUUCGAAUUUACUAUAAAUGUAUAUUUCUUCUUUCUUAUUUAUGAAUAAAUCUUGUUUGAGAAAACUCUUUUCUGGGA